UCAGUAGGUAGGUGCCUAUGCGCAAGCGGAGGAUGCUUCUGCAUGUUAUUCCUCAGCAUCCGGUCUAUUUCUCAGAGUUGGUUCUCUCGCUGUUUCCAUCGAGAAAGUAAAGGAAAACUCGAAGUGAUAUGCUACCUAUAUUGUAUUUUUGUCAAAAACUAAAUUGCAUUUAAUGAAGAAUGGAAUUUCGUAGGAUCAAGUCGAGAAGAGACUGUACUAUCUCUGUCGCUCAGUGAGUAUCUUGCCGUUUCUGAUUGUGCUGCUACAGAAAUGCUUGAAACUGCUGCUUGUUUGGUCGUGCGUAAUACCGGGGAUUGCAGUAUAUUGCGAAGCUAGUCUCCUGACAAACAAACAAUGUACCCAUUCAAGCCUGGCUCAGAACGUGUCCGAUGACUGAUUCAUGAUUUAAUUUGCCUUUUGGAUUGUAAGAAGAUCAAUGGAGAGUCCUGCGCGUCCGUGCGCCCUGGUGCCAUUUUAACACUAAUGCUGUGUUAAUUUGGGCUUGCAUGUCUGCACUGAAAUUGCCAACUCCAAGACUCAUACAACGUUGAUGCUGGAUAAUUCAGCAACAUUGUUGUAAAAAUGCUGAACAGCGUUUUGUUGCUCAGCGUUUUAACUGUGACCAGUUUCUCAUCGAAGACUGAGAGUCGCAAAACUUCGAAAGACAUUUGUAAGAAUCGCUGCUCAUGUGAGGAAAAGGAGAAUAUAUUGAGCAUCAACUGUGAAAACAAAGGAUUUACAACGGUUAGUCUAUUUCAACCCCCACCGAACAAAAUCUGUCAACUCUUUCUCAAUGGAAACUUUCUUUCGAGGCUCAAUCCAAACGAGUUUGUCAGUUAUGGUAAUGUGACAUCACUUCAUCUGGGGAACAACGGGUUACAGGAGAUAAAGACUGGAGCUUUUACUGGACUGAGAUUUUUAAAACGACUUCAUCUCAAUAACAAUAACUUGGAGAUAAUCAAGGAGGACACAUAUGCUGGUUUAGAGAGUUUGGAGUAUUUACAGGCAGAUUAUAAUUACAUCAGCGCCAUUGAAGCAGGUGCAUUCGGCAAAUUGAAUAAACUCAAAGUAUUGAUUCUCAAUGACAACCUCCUGCUCUCUCUUCCCAACAAUGUAUUUCGUUUCGUUAUGUUAACGCAUUUGGAUCUAAGGGGGAACCGGCUUAAGAUGCUGCCUUUUGCUGGCGUGCUGGAGCAUAUCGGCGGCAUUAUGGAGAUCCAACUGGAGGAGAACCCGUGGAACUGCACCUGUGAUCUGAUCCCCUUAAAAGCCUGGCUGGACACCAUAUCAGUCUUUGUAGGGGACAUCGUGUGCGAGACCCCAUUCAGACUGCAUGGCAAGGACAUUACGCAAUUGAUUAAGCAAGAUCUAUGCCCCCGACGAAAUGCUGGUGAUUCUAAUCACCGCGCAAUCCAGCCUCCCUCUGAUUCCCAAUACCACGGCCUUUCUCCGACCCUACACCCCGGUGUCACUCCAACAAAAACCCCAAGGGCCUCCCGUCCCCCUAAAAUGAGAAAUCGCCCCACACAAAGGGUAACGUCUAGUAAGGACAAACAAGUGUUCGGGCCUAUAAUGGUUUAUCAGACUAGGUCCCCUGUUCCCAUAACCUGCCCUAGCAUUUGCGUAUGCACCUCUCAAAACCCAGACAGUGGAUUAAAUAUCAACUGCCAGGAGAGGAAAUUGCAUAAUAUAACAGAGCUUACCCCUAAACCGUCCUAUCCAAAGAAAUUGCAUUUAACAGGCAAUUACUUGCAGACCAUAUACAGAACAGACCUAACCGAAUACAGCUCACUAGAGCUCCUCCACUUAGGAAAUAAUAGAAUAGCUGUCAUUCAGAAUGGGGCCUUUGAAAACCUAGCUAAUCUACGGAGACUUUACCUCAAUGGCAAUUACAUUGAAAGUCUAUCCCAAUCAUUAUUCGCAGGGCUGCAGAGCCUUCAAUACUUAUACCUGGAGUAUAAUGUUAUCAAGGACAUUUUACCACAGACGUUUAACUCCUUACAUAAUCUGCAGCUGCUGUUCCUAAACAACAAUCUACUGAGAUCCCUUCCCGACAAUGUUUUUGGAGGGACUAUGCUGACAAGACUAAACCUGAGGAACAAUCACUUCUCCCACCUGCCGGUGCGCGGUGUGCUCGACCAGCUCUCCGCAUUCAUUCAGAUCGACCUGCAGGAAAACCCAUGGGAUUGCACCUGCGACAUCGUUGCGCUUAAAAACUGGAUGGAGCUAUCCAGCACCAGCGUUGUGGUAAAUGAAAUCACAUGUGAUUCGCCCUCCAAACACGCAGGGCGGCUCCUCAGGUCUCUGCGUAACGAUGCAAUUUGUCCCGAGCCUAACGAGAUCACAAUAACCAAGGCCCCCACCGUCAGACCCAGCACUGACUCCACUCCUCCCUCUGCCAUCACGCCCACAGACGAGCAGGUGCCCGAGAUGCACGCGGAGGUGCCCCUGUCGGUUCUCAUACUGGGACUGCUCGUGGUUUUCAUUCUGUCGGUCUGCUUCGGGGCUGGUUUGUUCGUAUUUGUCCUGAAACGACGCAAAGGUGCUGAUAGCGUUCCCGCCAGUGCCAAUAAUGUAGAUUUAAACUCCUUCCAGGUACAGUAUGGUUCUUAUAACACAGAGCCCACUGCAGAUAAAACAGAGACGCAUGUGUAUAACUACAUCCCUCCCCCCGUUGGUCAGAUGUGUCAGAACCCAAUCUACAUGCAGAAAGAUAGCGAGCAGGUGGCCUACUAUAGGAAUCUAAAGGAACUAAGCUUCAGCACCAUGGACACUAAAAAGUCGGAGUUGCCCCCAAGUCCAUAUACCAUAAGCACAGUGGAGUUCAUUGAGAAACAAUCUUGCGGCAAUCGAGAGCCGGAGCUGCUUUAUCAAAACAUUGCAGAGAGGGUUAAGGAGCUUCCGACUGCUGGGGCUCUGAAUUAUAAUUUUUGCACUUUACCGAAAAGACAAUUCAUUCCUCAAUAUGAAACCACUAGACGACACAACCAGGACAGGUUGAAUAAAACGGUUCUCUACGGGACUCCACGAAAGUAUUAUGCCAAUCAAUUAAAAAAUGAACACCCUGUGCUGCCUGGGAAGCUAAAAACAGAACCAGACUACCUCGAAGUUCUGGAAAAACAAACUGCAAUGAGUCAGUUGUAAGAUAUGGCCCUACUUACUAUCAUCAGUAAUGAUUACAUCGAUAUGUAUCUAUGUACUCCACAAAUUGACGAGUCCAACUCAAUCAAAGCAACCUAAGCGUUUGCUCUCCUUUAUUUUCCAGCUGUAUUGAGUAAACGUAUAUACAGUUAUACUAUUUUACUGGAGGUUUAAAUUAUUUCUUCUACUUGAAAUAUAGUCUGUAGCAGGUACCGCAAGAACUAUGUAAAAUACUGCUUUGUGCAUUUCAUAUUCUAUAUUUUAUUUCGUCUGUGGGAAGCGAUAUCAUUUUAAUAGAAGAACAGAAGUGAAACAUGAUGAAAUGACUUUCCUGUACAUAAUAGCCUAUUGAUGGUGAGUGUGAAACACAUGUACUGGUUCCGUCCACUUGGCAAUCCAUUUAUUCCAGAAGUGCCUUUGCACUCCAAGUAUUUUAUCGUUGCUUUCUGCAAAUUGACAUUUUAUAAGUGCUGUAUUUUAAGAAUCUUUAUGUAAAAUAUAAUUAUUUGUCCAUUACAUUAAACAUAACUGAAGAGUGUAUGAUAUUUAUGGUAGAGAAUAUGUUUUGAAUAUCUAAGUGUCUUUCAAGAUGUACAAUUUAGAGAAUUGCAUAAUAUUGUAUGAUAUAGAUGAUCAAUACAAUGCGCCAUAAGCGCAAUUAAAUUUUCACUGAAGCACUUUGUCAAGUCUGAAUUGAGCAUUAAGCAUUAAGAUUUUACGUCUCUCUCUCUCCCUCUCUCUCUCCCUCUCUCUCUGUGUGUGUGUGUGUGUGUGUGUGUGUGUGUGUGUGUGUGUGUGUGUGUGUGUGUGUGUGUGUGUGUGUGUGUGUGUGUGUGUGCGUGCGUGCGUGCGUGCGUGCGUGCGUGCUCCCAUGUGAUGAGGAAGGGGUGGGUGGUUUAGGGGCGGUAACAGCACUCUCUUUGAUCUAUAGACCACCGUGUAUUGACGAGGAAUUUGCUGAGCACUUUAGCUGAAUGACGCUUGUGCAUGCAAUUUAUCGACCAGCGUUGCUAUAGGUCCCUCACUGUAAUACCACAGGACUACCAUUAAUUUCAUACCUAUAAUAUUUUACUCAAAAGGUAGAGAGCAGCAGUGUCCUCUAAAAGUAUAGAUUAUUUUCCAGUACGUUACGAUUUACGGAUGAAAAAAACUACUGCUCCACGACAACUGAUCUCCUGUAGCCUACCUGAAACGCACAACACGAUGAUUAGUUCUCAGCGCUCCUUAUACCAAAAAUAGUUUGUUUCUAGUGGGUUUAAAUGGACCAGUUUAUGUUUUGACCUUCAGGUGACAUUUGCUUUGAAGUCUGCUGUGGGCAUAAAUACAGUACCUUCUCCAAGCCCCGGUUAUUCUGCUGUUUGUCUCUCGUUUUGUUUUUGCCCGCCGCUUCACGUAGCUAUUGUGUCGCUGUCCAUGGUGCUGAAUGUUUUCUGCUUGCUACUACAUUUUCUAUGGAUUCUACUACAGUAAGGGGACUUUUCACUUGCUUUGUUCGAUUUUAAAUUGACUUUGUUAUGAGUGCACCAUGUUUUUGUUGUUGUUGUUGUUCUUAAUCAUAUUAAUUAAUUAAACUGAGAACUAAAUCAAAUUGAGAACUUAAAUUAGCAAUAACUGGCCUACUUGUGAUUUAAUUGAACCAUUAAUUUAACGCUUAUGUGAGUCUUACAAUCCUGCUAUUAUGCUUGUGGGUAAGUGAGCUUGUGCUUGUGCUUGUGGGUAGCAGAGGCCAUUUGAGUUGGUGGGAGUGAGACUGAGUGAAAGUGCUGUUCAUUCCUUCUGAAACAGAGUGAUUUUCUUUCCUGCAUGGCACAAUGGGUCUCUGUGUUGCUGUUUACUGCUGCUGUGGAGAAUGAGGGGUUGGACAUGUCUUGCACACCAAUGAGGCUCCUCCCUCCCCACCACACACAGAUGUCGAUGGCAUGCAAUAGCUUUACAAUAGAAGUUAUCAAUCACUCCGGUCAGUUGACACCAGAAGAUAGGAUACAAUAUUAUACAUUGACAAACGUGGUGUGCUUAACAAUUUGAGGAUGACUUUGAAGUGUGUGAUUGUGUGUGCUUGAAUGACUGUUGGAUGUUUUUGGGACACAGCCUGCUCUCUAGAGCUUCACUGGGGUAGUUUUGUCACAAACGAUUUCCAUCCAUUGAAAAAUCCAUAGUAAAGGAAGCAAUUGAGAUCUAUCUUAUUUGAUCAACGUAUUGUAAUUGAUUCACUUUAAAUGAACCCUCUUUCAUUUAAUUCCAACAAUAUGGUUCCUUUUGUAGACUAAGGUUCUACAUGGGGGAUGUAAACUUUGACCUUGUUUUGCUAAGAUGGGAACUAGUGUGAAUCAAUGGAGAUUGCUUGGGGCCUCUCCUGAGGCGAUCAUGGACCUCUUCAGAAAUGCUCUUGGGCAAGUUCAUGUUUAUUCAAAGGUUGGACUGGUUUUUUACCCUCUUUGAUUUGUGAUGAGGCCCAAAGAGAGUGGCCUAUGCUUGUUGUGUAUGAUACUGAAUCUCUUUGACAUGGUGGAGACCAAAAGACUAGUGGGAAGAAUGGAAGGUCGAUAUUCCUCUUUCCCAGGGUCCCCGGAAUUGGCCGGAGUCACAACCAAUUCACUCUCAUAGUAAGGAAGUGAUGCCGGAUUGUGACAUUUGAAAGGUCAGAGUCCGUAAUGUGUUAAUAUCUCAUAUUUUGGAUCACUAUAGAUGCAUUGUUCCACAUUAACUGUUGGUUAUGAAUUUCAUAGUUUCUCUAAGAAAUGUUCAGAUAAAUGUUAGGCUCCUACUGCACAUGGUAAUGCUGCUGCAGGAUUGUUUUUUGCAUUCAUUAAAUCAAAGUAAUCAAAUACACAACUUAAAGUACAGUUGCAGUUUUUUUUGUAUUGCUUUGGUGAAAUUUUCACAAGUAUGUGGUACAUUUUCACAACUCUUCGUAUAACACUCUAAACAGAUCAUCCAUAAGACAGUUGUUUCAAAACUCUAAGCACAUUUUCAAUUGACUAAUUACAACACACAAAACAUAGUGACUUUUUCACCUUAAUGUGUUUCAUCUAGAAAUGCAUGUUCACAUUGCAAUACAUGUUCAUAUAAAGUAACUGCCUUUCACAAUGCAAUGCUCACUUUACUUUGAUAAAAUACGUUUUACUAUUACUUAAUCCGACUGCUCUUAAUGGAUGACCACUAAAACAUUUGGUAAACCUUUAGAUUUUACAUGUAUACUGCCUGGCCUACUACAGAUUAUGAGAACUACAUAAUGAAAAUGUAUGUCUGUAAAGUAGAAACAUGAAAAGUAUAAUAUGUACUUCUAUAAUGAUGACUAUUAUGAUUUUACUGUACAGUAAUAAAAAUAUAUCUGAUAUCGAUAAGAUCAAAGAUGUACCGUAUGUAACAAAUGAAAUCAGUGUUUAUCGGUAGCGAUCACAGAUUAGCAGAUGUUACAGCAGGUUCAGCGAAAUGCUUGUGAUUCUAGCUCCUGUAGUGCAGUAAUGCAAUAGCAAUAUGCAAAUCAUUCACACUGCUUUACUUACAUUUUAUUGACCAAUACAGUAUUGUAAUAUUUGCCAUUUAUGUAGCAGAUAAAUUUAUCCAAAGUGAACCCAGUGGGAAUCAAACCCACAACUCUGGUGUUGCUAGUGCCACACUCUAAUGAACUGAGCUACAGUUCCACUACAAUACAGAAGAACAGUGCUGUAAAAUACAAUAUAUGACUACAAUGCAGGUGGAAUGUGUAUGAUGGCCAUCCCCAUGAGCGUAUCACCCUCCUUCAGUACAUGGGUGAGGCAUGCAAUGAUUUCAAUCCAGACCUAUGUAAGGCUUGGAUUCGCCAUGCCAAAAGGUUUACCCCUAGGUACUAGUGGUGGCAGGUAGCCUAGUGGUUAGAGUGUUGGACUCGUAACUGAAAAGUUGCAAGAUCAAAUCCCCAAGGUAAAAAUCUGUUGUUCUGCCCCUGAACAAGGCAGUUAAACCACUGUUCCUAGGCUGUCAUUGAAAAUAUUAGUUGACUUGCCUAGUUAAAUAAAGGUAAAAACAUUAACAAUGAUAGAUUGCCUAAUGUGAAAACAGUAAUUUACAGUUCUGUAGCAUACUACAUUCAAAGGGCAAUUUUCUAUGUUAACUGGUUGUUAAAAUAAUGAAAUUGAGAAGGUAUUAUAAUGUGUUUUGAUGAUUAAACAUUGUUAUAUUUCACAGUAAACUUAUUUUUUGGAUUAAUGGUUGAGUGGUGAAAGAUGUCUACAAACAAAAUUAAUGCACAACGAAAGGUUUAGAAUGUAAGACUGGCUCCGUUACAAGUGUUACCAAAUUGGAGUUUUGUACUAAGAGUUUAGAAAAAACUGUAAUUGAAAUCUUCAGCCUGAAAUAUGAGCCAUGGUCAUAUUACAUUCAGAGCUUCAGUCAGUAGAGUCAAUGUUUCCUGCCGACUGGGUUGUGGAUAUAUUAUGUGUUCUAGUCUUUGUUGAGAUAUCUCUCUCUCUCUGUGUGUGUGUGUGUGUGUGUGUGUGUGUGUGUGUGUGUGUGUGUGUGUGUGUGUGUGUGUGUGUGUGUGUGUGUGUGUGUGUGAAGUCUUCUGUCCCACAGUCCUUUGAUGAAUAAUGCACCAGUUUCAUGGCUGCGUAAUAAUUUAGGCAUUAAUGUUUGGCCAUGUUAGAUGUUGACAGAACUCCUUGAACAGCUGUCACAGGAUAAACAACCUUGUAGUCUCUGCACAAUGUACAGUCUUCUGCCUUGCAAAACAAGUGUGUGAUCUAUGAACCCUGAAGUGGCGAUGGUUUAAAACACACAGCCACAACCUCUCUGUUAAACACACCAAGUAAAUGGUGAAGGCUGUUGGACUCACAGCCAUGACUAAGAUCAAUGGGACGCUUGCUCCAUCUUUGCGUAUGGCUGAAGGCUGAUCCUAGUGCACCACAACAGCAGGCCCACGGCCGUGUGGUAAAGGAAUAGUGACAGACUGCAGACUUCUCCAAAGGUUAACUCAAGCCACAUCUGACCUUGUGUCCACUUCCAUCAGAGCACAGCACAUUGAUCUUAUUAGAAAAAGAGAGUAAGAGAAAUUGAAUUCAAACUCCAUCCAAUGGCAGUGAGAAAAGGCAGUGUAAGUCAUACAUGAGAAGGGCCAAAUCUACACUUACAAUAUAUGGCACAUAGGCUAGCUAGCAUUCACUUCUGUGCAAUUCCGUCAUAUGAAAGGUCGCUGGUUUGAAUCCCUGAGCCAACUGGGUGAAAAAAGCUGUCAAUGUGCCCUUGAGCAAGGCACUUUACCCUAAUUAAGUCGCUCUGGAUAAAUACGUCUGCUAAAUGACUUAAAUGUAAAUAUGAGGUUACAUGUAGUACAUAAUUCAGAAGUAAUAUAAAGGGGUAAUGUUGUGAAUUUAUGAGUAUGUUAUUUAAUUAAAUGUUUACUUUGUUUGACACUUUGGUCCUUUGUAGCUCAGUUGGUAGAGCAUGGCGCUUGUAACGCCAGGGUAGUGGGUUUGAUUUUCUGGACCACUCAUUUGUAAAAUGCAUGACUAAGUCACUUUGGAUAAACACGUCUGCUAAAUGGCAUGUAUUCUUCUUCUUCUUAUUAUUAUUAUAUUUAGUGGAGAUUGAUCCACCUAUGUGUGAGUAAGAAACAACUAAAUAAAAGCCACCAUCUUGAA